AUGGCAUCUCACACGUCGACAACCUCCGACACCAGUCUUCCUCAGCCUACUAUUCCUGCCAGUGGACUUCCGGUCGGAAGCUGUACGGCUGAUAUUCCUUGUGCUAAUGGCGCAUGCUGCAAUGCUAACAGCGGUUUCUGCGGAUACGGCCCAGAAUUCUGUACCCCCAUAAGCUCUCUAGGUGGAAAUUGCACAUCGAAUUGCAACGCGGUUGCAGAAUGUGGACAAUACGCGCCCCCUGUCAAUCGUACAUGUCCCCUCAACGUCUGCUGCUCGCAAUACGGCUUCUGUGGAACGACCUCGGACUUUUGCGGGGUAGGCUGUCAAAGUGAUUGUAACCCCGUACCUCCGACUGGCGGCGGUGAUGACAUCUCCGGGGGCGGGGCUACCCACCGACGUAUCGGCUACUACGAAGGCUGGGCUGUAUCCUCUUCGCGUUCAUGCGACUACUACGAGCCCGAGCAAAUCGCCGUUGACAUCCUUACGCAUGUCAACUACGCAUUCGCUCUCAUAUCGUCUGCUUAUGAAAUCAUCGAGAUGUCACCAGGAGACCAAAACCUCUGGUCCCGAACGACAGCGCUGAAGCAACGAAACUCGGCUUUGAAGGUGUUCCUGUCGGUUGCAACCUUACACUGGUCCUUCAACGACCCGCCGACUUCGACGAUCUUCAGUCAACUCGUUGCCAGUACAGAGAACACCAAUACUUUCGUGAAGAGUGCCCUGAAUACGAUGCAAGCGUAUGGGUUCGAUGGUAUCGAUAUUGACUGGGAAUAUCCUGCUGCGUACGAUCGUGGCGGGAAUCCCGCGGACACAGAUAACUAUGUUGCAUUCAUGAAGGCUUUGAGGACUGCCUUUGGUGGUGACUACGGGAUCUCGUUCACGGCCCCUUCCUCGUACUGGUACCUACAGCAUUUCAACCUCACAGGACUGCUUCAUUCGGCAGACUUCGUCAAUGUCAUGACGUAUGAUUUGCACGGCGUUUGGGACGGAAACGAUCCGUACAUCGGGAGCAUCGUGCUCGCGCACACGAAUUUGACGGAGAUCAAGAGCACGCUACAGCUUUUCCAGAACGUCGAUGUGGACUGGUCGCAAGUCAACAUUGGUUUCGGGUUUUAUGGGCGCAGCUUUGAGCUCGCAACGGCUGAGUGUACAAUUCCCGGAUGUCCAUUCAGUGGUCCUGGUGACGCAGGACCUUGUACCCACAGCCCCGGCACGCUUUCAUUCGCAGAGAUCGAGGACAUCAUCAACGACAAUGACUUGGAUCCUGUGCUUGACGAGGACGCUGCCGUCAAGUAUAUCGUGUGGAAUGAUCGUCAAUGGGUGUCAUACGAUGAUGCAGAGACGUUCAAGCUCAAAAUGGACUAUCUCGAGACAAUCGUUGGCGGCUCAUUUAUUUGGUCCGUUGACCAGGACGACACGCAAUACACGGCGCUCACUGGGCUGUACCCGGACAUCGGCAUCAACAAUGCAAGUUCCACACAAACGAAUGAGUGCCAAUACACGGGGUGCGGUUUCACGGGUUGUCAUUGGGUUGGUACCCCUCCUGCAUGCACAGAUGCCGCCUGUGCUGUUGGGGAAGUUAGCGUCUUUCAAGAUAUCCAAGGCGAUGCCAGCUCGACCUGUACGGGAAAAGCUCGGCGGAACUAUUGCUGUACACCACCUGCGAGCGAAGAGUUUCUACCGGUGCCCGAAGAUUGGGUUAUCCCACUCGGUCAAGGAUACGGCGCUGACCAGCCUGCGUCAUUCACUGCAGACUUCGAUGAUAAUACUGGUCCAUCGGAUACCACCAGUCAAGGCGCUGGUUUCACGGGCAUAAGUGACGAUGGUCAAGAAAACGACUCGCCAUUCGGUGAGGUAUUCAUCACAUCACCAAACGCGCAAUCUGUGUCAAGUCUGGACGUCCAGAGCGAUUGGGUGCUUGUCGGCUGCGACGGUCGAAGCGAUCAGGCGCAAACUGUCCUUGCGUAUUGUUCCAUGCCGAUAGACGAUGAUAAUGCGGGUUGCGGACAUGUCUUUAUUGGACAAGCCCAACAUACAAUCGUUCGAAUGCCCUCCUCAUGUGGUGCCGGCCCUUAUGCGCGUGUCGUUUCCAUGGAAGUGCAUCAAGAUCAGACGGCGUUGCCAGCUGCACAUCAAGCUAGCCUACCGGCCACCGAGAAAGUCUAUUCGCUCGCAUUUGACUACCAGUUUGAUGCUAUUCCGGAAGAUAAUGGCCCUGUCUAUAUGCGAGCGGAUAUUACUGAUAUACCUGGCUAUUGGGAUGAGAUGAUCGACAGCUUACCAGACAGCUCACCAACUAGCCGUAAGCGAGACUUGCACUACAAGCGCAACUUCCACCAGCCCCUUGAAUACGAGAAGCGUUGGUUUGGCGGCUUCACAGAGUGGUUACAGCGCCUCAAUACGAUCACAAACGGGAACAGCAUAUCGCGGAACUUCCACUGGUCGGACACGUAUACGAUCUAUCAUGCUCAGGAGUCCUGUCCGAACUUCGAGUCAAGUUUGGACAUUUCGGUUUAUGGAAACGCCCAGAUCUCUUCGCAGUUCGGUUACUACCUUGAGGCAACGGUGGUCCCACCAGCUAUACAACAGGCUUACGUAUAUGUAGAUGUGGGCGCAUCCGCCUCCGCGACCUUCACCAUACAGGGCCUUGCGAAAGCGGAAUGGAAUUCGGGCCAGUAUGAGCUCAUCAGUUUCGGCUUCCCAGGAUUGUAUUAUCCUGGACUGCUGACUCUUGGUCCGAGUUUGCACCUGUACGCAGAGCUGUCAGGCGAGAUAUCGCUCACCGGACAACUGUCAACGACUGUCGGAUAUACUGUACACUACGCCUUGGGCUCUACUUCUGACGAGCCCACUCUAGGACCCAAUCUGACAGGAUCAACUGCCAACAACAAUGGAUACAACUAUGACUUCGGAUACAACGUCGAAUUGAGUGGAGGUCUCACCGCAUAUCUUACCCCUAGCCUUGAGCUUGGCCUCACUGUGCUCGGGGGAUCUGUUAUGGACGCGACGGCCUACGUUCAAGCGGAGCUAUACGCUGGAUUGAUUCUGAAUGGUAGUGUGUCGGAGACGCAAUCACCCAAAAUCUGUAUUCAGCCUCAGUACGGUGUCAAUCUGCAUGGUGGAUUGAAAGGCGCAGUCGUAUGGUGGAACGAUCAGUGGGAUAACACCUUCUACCAAAACACCUUCGACUUCGGCGGUGCUUGUUAUGACUCGGCUUCGAGUUUCAACAGACGCGAUGGCCAAUUGUACGCAAUGUCUGAUUCAGCUGCAAGUGGAAAUACACUUCCCAUGCAGCAUCGUGAUCCGCACGCAUUCUACUCGAGAUGGGAACAUAGACCGGACGUUCCUCGAGCCGCUGAGCAACCAACACUUCCCAUCAAGCCGCCGGACUCGCCUGAGAUGGCCAAGCGGAAGGCCUCGACGUCGAGCUUGGGGCGGCGGGAUACUAUUCCGUAUCUCCCAGGAUCUCUCUUCUGUCCAGAAGAGUCCAGCGAUCUUGAUCAAACCAAUUCACUUGGACAGGAUUGCAUAUGUUAUAGUGAUACUGACAUGGAUCCGACCGGGCAGCUCAUUGAUGUCCUGGCGCGCCGAUACCUGUCACCAGACGACGCCAAGGCAAUGUACGCAAACACCUCAUUCAUUAACAAGAGGUCCAAUAUUAGCACGCACCCGGUCAGCUUGGCCAAGUACGCUAAGCUGCAGACGUGUGAUAUCAGUGUGUCCGUUCCGGAAUAUGCCAGUACAAAUAUCAUCGCCUACUACGAUCACGAAAAUCCCGGAACGCUUUCCCCUACGAUGGGAUCGUACACGCAACUUCCGCUCAAUUUAGGGGGCAACCUCGUCACAGCGACCGGAAAAAACAUCUAUGCUCGUGAACAUGUUUACGAAAUGAGCCUGUCAUCACUAUUUGUUGAUUAUCUCGCUCAAUUUUCGCAGCUAUGGCAAACUGCAGCUGGGCUGUCCAGUCCCGCUAGCGGCAUCGACUUCUGUGCCUGGGUGGAAGAUAACCUUGUCCAAGUGCCAGCCUGGUUGCCUGGGUCUCAAUCACUCUUCAGUAUGAUAGGUAACUGUUAUCCGGGUUAUCUUCUCAACGGUGCCACUGGCAGUAUGGUUAUUUUGGAGCAGACGGCCAAUGAGAUUAAGAACACUGCCUUCUACGAUGGCGAACAGCGGCUAGAUCCAUUUCUGACGGCGAAGAACAUCCGAAGUCAACAAGAGUUCGCGGACUACUGUCCGCAGAAGCAAGUCGCAGUCAUCAGAGCCGCGGCAGGCAUUCCGUCCUUCUUGAACCAGUACCCAGUUCGUCAAGAAGCGAGCGUACAUUGUUCCGAUCUGUACGAUAUUGACAGCCUCCUCCAGUUCUUGACUGCAAAUACGUGUAUCCGCUCAGCAUGGACGAAGUGGUAUGCUGCCUACUUAGCGGCAAAUGUAGACGCUCCGGACAGGGAUCAGGUUGACAUACCGACUUUGUACGACAACUGGAUCUCGUCCAUUAUGAAGAACAUGAAGCCGUAUUUGGUCAAUCAAAUAACUACGCUCAUUUCGUAUUACGAUGACACGGUGAAUGGUCAAGCUGGGGGAGCCCCUCCCGUCGACUUGUCAUUCUAUAUCUUGAUGGACAACAACCAAGUAUUGAACGCACAAGGACAGCCUCUGUACACGCCUGCAGCUGUCUACACGGUGCAGCAGCCCUAUCCUGCCGUCACAUUGAAGGGAAUGAAAUGGGAGGUGGUCGAGAUCCUCGGGGUUUGA